AUGUCGUCGCUGAGCCGGGAGCUGGUUUUUCUUAUUCUCCAGUUCCUGGAGGAGGAGAAGUUCAAGGAGUCUGUCCACAAGUUGGAGCAGGAAUCUGGAUUUUUCUUCAAUAUAAAGUACUUUGAUGAGAAAGUGCAGGCAGGGGAGUGGGACGAGGUGGAGAAGUAUCUCUCUGGGUUCACAAAGGUUGAUGAUAAUCGAUACUCAAUGAAGAUCUUCUUUGAGAUAAGGAAGCAGAAGUAUCUUGAAGCGCUUGACAGGCAUGACAGAGCAAAAGCGGUGGAGAUAUUAGUGAAAGAUCUCAAGGUUUUCUCAACGUUUAAUGAGGAGUUGUUUAAAGAGAUUACUCAGCUUCUCACACUUGAAAAUUUCAGGGAAAAUGAGCAAUUAUCAAAAUAUGGUGACACAAAGUCGGCUCGAAGCAUCAUGCUUAUUGAGCUGAAAAAACUUAUAGAAGCCAAUCCUUUGUUUCGAGAGAAGCUAGUUUUUCCCACUCUCAAGGCAUCACGAUUGAGAACUUUAAUCAACCAAAGCCUUAAUUGGCAACAUCAACUUUGCAAGAACCCAAGGCAGAAUCCUGAUAUUAAGACGUUGUUCACGGACCAUACUUGUGCUCCUCCAAACGGUGCUCGUGCACCUUCAGUUUCUGUACCUCUUGCAGCUGUUCCCAAGCCUGCUACAUAUACGCCACUUGGGCCACAUGCGCCAUUCCCACCUGCGGCAGCAGCAAACGCCAGUGCUUUAGCUGGCUGGAUGGCUAAUGCUGCUGGUUCAUCAUCAGUUCAAUCUGCUGUUGUUGCUGCACCUACCAUAUCUAUUCCACCCAAUCAAGUUUCUAUCUUGAAACACCCCAGAACUCCAAAUACUCUCACUAUGACAGACUAUCAGAAUGCUGACUCUGAGCAAUUAAUGAAGCGUAUGCGGUCUAGUACACACCAAGCUGAUGAGGUUACAUAUCCUGCUCCUAUUCCACAAAUUGCAUGGUCGUUGGAUGACCUGCCAAGAACAGUAGCUUGUGCCAUGAAUCAGGGAUCAAAUGUGACAAGCAUGGACUUCCAUCCUUCUCAUCACACACUACUAUUAGUGGGCACCGGGACUGGUGAAAUUACACUAUGGGAAAUUGGUUUACGGGAGAGGCUGGUGUCAAAGCCAUUCAAACUGCGAGACAUAGCAUCUUGUUCUUCUCAAUUUCAGGCUGCAAUGGUUAAAGAUACUUCCAUAUCAGUUACUAAAGUUUCAUGGAGUCCAGAUGGAAACCUGAUUGGGGUUGCAUUUUCAAAGCACUUGAUUCAUCUACAUGCCUAUCAAGCUCCUAAUGAGCUACAUCAACAUAUAGAGAUUGAAGCUCACAUGGGAGGAGUUAACGACAUAGCAUUUGCUCAUCCAAACAAACAAGUAUCUGUCGUGACUUGUGGUGAAGAUAAGCUUAUAAAGGUUUGGGAUUUGACCGGUCAGAAGCUUUACACUUUUGAAGGUCAUGAGGCUCCUAUUUAUUCCAUUUGCCCCCAUCAUAAGGAGAAUAUACAGUUUGUUUUCUCAACUGCUAUUGAUGGGAAAAUUAAGGCAUGGCUGUAUGAUAACAUAGGAUCUAGAGUGGACUAUGAUGCUCCUGGGCGUUCGUGCACGACAAUGUUAUAUAGCUCUGAUGGAAGCAGAUUGUUUUCCUGUGGGACUAGCAAAGAAGGAGACUCAUUUCUUGUAGAGUGGAAUGAAAGUGAAGGGGCAAUAAAGAGAACAUAUGUUGGUUUCCGGAAAAAAUCAGCUGGUGUUGUUCAGUUUGACACUACCCAAAACCACUUUUUGGCUGCUGGUGAAGAAAAUCAAAUUAAGUUUUGGGAUGUGGACAUUGUGAACAUGAUCACAAGCACAGAUGCAGACGGUGGACUUCAGUCUCUCCCGCGAUUGAGAUUCAAUAAAGAAGGAAACCUUCUUGCUGUUACAACAGUGGACAAUGGUUUCAAGAUACUUGCCAAUGCAGAAGGACACAGAUCUCUGCGAGCUUUUGGAAGUCGAUCCUUUGAAGCAUUUAGAGCUCAAUAUGAAAGUUCUCCUGUCAAGGUUUCGGUUGCUCCUGUGGUUGCUAGCAUCUCCCCAAGCAUAAGUAGGGUGGAUCGCUUAGACAGAAGCUCUCCUGCAAAGCCAUCUCCUAUUCUUAAUGGGGGAUCACCCUCUUCUAGGGGGAUGGAGAUCAAACCCAGAAUUUUGGAGGAUUUAUCUGAUAAGGCCAAACAAUGGGAAUUGUCUGAAAUUCUGGACCCGCUUCAUUGCCGUGUUGUUCCAAUGCCAGAAGGCACAGAGCCUGCCAGCAAGGUUGCAAGACUUCUUUACACAAAUUCCGGGGGUGGUUUGUUAGCUCUAGGAUCAAAUGCUAUCCAGAGAUUGUGGAAAUGGAGUCGGAAUGAGCAGAAUCCUAGUGGCAAGGCCACUGCCAGUAUUGCUCCACAGCAUUGGCAACCAAACAGUGGUCUUCUUAUGAUCAAUGAUGUAUCAGAAACCAACCUUGAAGAAGCAGUUCCUUGCAUAGCACUCUCAAAGAAUGAUUCGUAUGUCAUGUCGGCUUGUGGAGGGAAGGUCUCUUUGUUCAACAUGAUGACAUUCAAGAUAAUGACUACAUUCAUGCCCCCGCCACCUACUUCGACUUAUUUAGCCUUCCAUCUACUAGACAAUAACAUCAUCGCUAUUGGAAUGGAAGACGCUACUAUACACAUUUAUAAUGUUCGCGUGGAUGAGGUUAAAACAAAACUGAGUGGUCAUCAGAAGCGCAUAACUGGACUUGCCUUUUCCAACAGUCUUGGCAUCUUGGUUUCUUCUGGUGCUGAUGCUCAGCUAUGUAUAUGGAACACUGACAACUGGGAGAAAAAGAAAUCCAUUGCAAUUCAAUUACCUGCAGGGAAACCACCUGCUGGUGAUACUCGAGUCCAGUUCCAUUCCGAUCAAAUUCGCUUGUUAGUAUCCCAUGAAACACAAAUAGCAAUAUACGACACAUCCAAAGCGGAAAGGAUCCGUCAGUGGGUUCCCCAAGGUACACUUUCUGCGCCGAUAUCCCAUGCAGCUUAUUCAUGCAACAGCCAGCUGGUUUAUGCAGCCUUCUGUGAUGCAAACAUCGGGGUGUUUGAUGCCGAUAACUUGAGAUUAAGAUGUCGCAUUGCGCCUUCUGCUUAUUUAUCUUCUCCAGCUGCAAACAGUAACCCUCCAGUGUAUCCUCUGGUGAUCGCGACACACCCACAGGAACCAAAUCAAUUCGCAAUCGGAUUAACUGAUGGAUCAGUUAAAGUCAUCGAGCCAAUCGAGUCCGAGGGUAGAUGGGGAAAUUCAUCGCCCGUCGACAAUGGAGUUUCGAAUGGCAGGGCAACUGCAUCAUCAGCCACUAGCAAUUCAGCUGCUGACCAGCUUCAAAGAUGACAAUAAUUUUAUGCAUCAAUGUUUCCCAAUUCUAGUCUCUGAUCUUUUUAUUCUAUCUUGUGUUGUGUUCUGUCAAUAGUGUUUUCAUUUACCAUUUUUAUUUCUAUAUUUAUCUCCAUUGUGUACCUGCAUAAUGUAGUCUCAAAAAAAAAAGGUGGCCAAGUCCAGGGGGUGAAAAGCAUGUUCCUGAUCGCUUGUAUGAUAUAUAAUAUUUGGAGGCCUCUAUUUAAUUACAUAUUUUUAAAUUUUA